CCACCACACUAAGGAGAACGUAGAGGAGCUGUGAAGGCUAGUCUGGGAACAUUUUUGUGGUCGAUAACUGUUUUUCAGUGCAGAAAUGGCGGCCAUCAGAGUGAUAGCUGCAGCAGGUGGAGCGCUUCAUCAAGGUAACAACACCACUAGUUUCCUCCUGAAGCAGCCCUUCUUGUUAAGGCGUCCUCUCACUCUCAGCAGAUCAACUAAGAGGCUCUUCACAUGUAGAGCACUCCAUGCUCCCCAAUUUCAGAUCAAAGAAGAGGGACAACCUGGAACCCUUGAUUACAGAGUCUUCUUCGUCGACAAUUCCGGCAAACAGGUUUCUCCUUGGCAUGACAUACCGUUACAAUUGGGCAAUGGUGUUUUUAAUUUUAUUGUUGAAAUACCAAAAGACACAAGUGCAAAGAUGGAGGUUGCUACUGAUGAGCCAUACACUCCAAUAAAGCAGGACAUGAAGAAAGGCAAACUUCGAUACUAUCCGUACAACAUAAACUGGAAUUACGGAUUGCUUCCACAGACAUGGGAGGACCCAUCUUUCGCAAACUCUGAAGUUGAAGGGACACUAGGAGAUAAUGAUCCCGUUGAUGUUGUUGAGAUUGGCGGACGCCAGGGAAAGAUUGGUGAGAUUCUCAAGGUCAAGCCCUUAGCUACUUUAGCCAUGAUUGAUGAGGGGGAGCUUGACUGGAAAAUAGUUGCAAUCUCAUUAGAUGACCCAAAAGCUUCUCUUGUGAAUGAUAUUAAUGAUGUUGAGAAAUAUUUCCCGGGCACUCUGACCGCUAUUAGGGACUGGUUCAGAGACUACAAAAUCCCAGAUGGAAAACCUGCUAACAAGUUUGGUCUAGGCAACAAGGCAGCAGACAAGGAUUAUGCUCUUAAGGUCAUCACUGAGACAAAUGAAUCUUGGGCUAAACUGGUCGAGAGAUCGAUUCCCUCUGGAGAACUUUCACUCAUGUAAAUGCCAUUCCUCAUUUGAUUGUAGAGUCAGAACUUAAGAGUGCUGCUGCUCAUUCUUUCGGACACAUCAUGAAUUUCAUUCUUUGGGUGAGCUAUACCCGGGGACAUCUUUUUCUAGAUGAUCAAACGAUUAGCAUCUUUUUCUUGUUA